AUGGCGCCCCCCGCCGCCGCGGGCGCCCACGAGUCCUCUGACUCGGACGGCCUCCUGGGUGCGCCGUGGGCCGGCGAGUCCGACGGCAGCGAGUCCGACGGCAGCGGGCUCGGCCCCGCCCCGCGCGCGGCGGCCGUGGGGUUCUGGCUCGGCCCGGCCGGCGGCGCGGCGCUGGGCGGCUGCCUCGCCCUGUGGGCCCCCGCGGGGGUGGCGCGCGGCGCCCAGCUGCUCGUGGGGGCGACCUUCUGGGUCGCGACGUGGUGGCUGACGGAGGCCAUGCCGCUGGGGGUCACGUCGCUGCUGCCCGUGGUGCUCUUCCCCGCGCUGGGCAUCCUCUCGGUGGAGGAGACCGUGAGGAGCUACAGCCACCGCCUGUGCUUCCUCUUCCUGGGCGGCUUUCAGCUGGCCUUCGCGGUGGAGAGGGCCGGAGUCCAGCGCCGGGUUGCCCUCGGCAUGCUGGGCUUCACGGGCACCCGCCCGAGCGGCAUCGUUCUCGGCAUGAUGUUGUCCGUAGGCUUGCUGAGCAUGUUGCUCUCCAACGUUAGCACCACGCUCAUGAUCCUCCCCGUCGUCAAGUCCGUGGCCGCCAGCGUCGAGGGGGAAGGAGGCUUCGCGAAGGCAAUUCUGCUCAGCGUGUGCUACGCGGCCAGCACCGGGGGAGUGGGCACCAUCAUCGGCACCCCCACGAACGGCGUGCUGAUGGGGCAGCUGUCGCGGGGUCGGCGAAUUUCUUUUGUCCAGUGGCUGGGCUUCGCUGCACCCCUGGCCACUGUAAUGCUGCUCUUGAUCUGGCUCUUGCUCGUGUUCCGGUUCGGGCUCUCGCUUCGGGACGUGGCGGCGGGCCCCCCCCGGGCGGUCCUCUCCGAGGCCGGCCUGGGCCUGGGCCCCAUGAGCCAGGCAGAGUGCCGGGUCUCGGCCGUGUUUGCGCUGGUGGUGGCGGGCUGGGUGCUGCGCGAGCCGUCGCUGACCUUCCUGGGGUGUGGCCCGGACGCGGCGGCGCCGGUCUGCUCGAUCGGCGACGAGGUCGUGGCGAUAGCGGCGACCGUGCUGCUCUUCUCCGUCCACGCGGAGGGCGCAGACGGCGUGAGGGCGCCGCUUCUAGAUUGGGCGACAUUCUUGAAGACGCCCUGGGACAUCCUGCUGCUCUUCGGCGCGGGGUUCGCGAUCGCAGACGGCUUCCUCAAGACAGGCCUGUCUGGCAAUAUCGGAGCUGCGCUGGCCUCCCUCCAAGGCUGCCCGACCGUGCUGCUGGUGCUCGUCACGGUCUUGCUGGUGACAUUCCUCACCGAGCUGACGAGCAACGUCGCGACGGCGAGCAUCCUGCUGCCAGUCCUGGGCAGCAUGUCGUGCCACCUAGGCCUCUCUCCUGUCGUGCUGAUGGUGCCCGCCGGGAUCGCCUGCAGCUGCGCCUACAUGCUGCCCAUUGCGACCCCGCCGAAUCCGUCGUGUUCGCUACCAAGCAGUUCACGCUCGUGGACAUGGCCGGCGCUGGCUUCGCGAUCAACCUCGGGUCUGCGGUCUGCAUCACGCUCUGGAUCCUGA